AUGGAAGGUACAGAUUGGAAACAUGUUCGCUUGUUCUUGUGGGUUGUUCCAAGAACCGUCUCUACGGCUUUGACUAAAUGUCUGAGUGCCAUCGAUGGUAUGAAAGUCUGGUUUGAAUGCUUCACAACCUGCAGCACAGCCAGGAAGCAAUAUCAGCUAGUUACUGGUGAAAAUUUGCCAAUGGAGUAUAAGGGAAAUGAAGAGAAGGCUCGGCAUGCAGCCGAUAUCCUUCAGCCGUUGCUCGGAGGCGGCACAGUUCAACCAGAUCAAUUGAUGUAUGGCAAUGUGAAACGGAAAAUAGAAUCGUCCGCAAGUAAAUGCGUAUUGGUUAAGGAGGGCUACUUCGCUUUUCCUGAUGAGAAAUCAAGAGAUUACUUGCCAGCAGGUUUUAAACAUGUCUUCCUAAUUCGAGAUCCGUACAAAGUUUUGACCUCCUACAAGAAAGCGAUGACCAUCCAUCUGCUGAAAACUGGUUUGUUGACUAGUGAAUCUGUGAAGACAUUUAAUCUGGAAAAGGAUGAUCCUGUCUUAAAUGCCGGUGAGUUCUUUAGAGGCAUUCAUGAUAUCUGGAAGUAUAUUCGUGGCAACGUAGAUCCCAACGCGGUCGUCAUCAACACUGAUGAUCUGUUGGCCAAACCUGCUGAGGUGCUGAAGAAGUUCUGUCACCUGACCGGUCUUCCGUACAGUGAUGCCCUUCUUCAAUGGGAAGCCUCUCUAGAUUUUAAGGCAUCGAAAGAUGGCUUUGACACCUUCUAUGAAACGGCAAUUAGCUCAAGUGGUUUUCUACCACCUAAGCCAACUCCGUGUCGGGGCAGUCUGGCACCAGAUGUCAUCAAGCUUGCUGAAGCAUCCAUGCCAUACUUCGAGGAAAUUAACAAACACAAGAUAUGA